CCGGAAGUGAAAGAAAUGUAGGCGAAUAUAAACCAAAGUGUUAACAACAAAUUACCCUUUUUCAGAUCUAUGAUGAUGGUUGAUAUUUCAAACAUGGAAGAUAUUUCACACCUUAAGUUUGAAAUCAAUUCGAAGCUAGAAAAGGAAAUGAGUAACCUCACACUUCUGAAAGACUCCUUGAAGAAAAGCAACAACAAUACUGAGAAUAUGCUGGGAAUCCUGACCAGUUUUGAAACCAGACUGCGUAAACUUGAGCAGACCAUCGUUCCAGUGUACAAUGAAACUGAGAACCUGAGAAGGCGCCAAGAAAAUAUUGAAAAGACGAUGACCACACUGGACCAUGUACUGGGCUACUACCACAUCGCACAGGAGGCAGAUAUGAUGAUCAAAGACGGGCCAGAACUCCACGGCCUGGACAGAUACCUACAGCAGAUGGACAAGGUGCUAGAAGCCCUCGUCUACUUCAAGAAACACAAUCAGAACACAGUGGAACUAAGAGACGUGGCUGGAGUGUUUGAGCAAGGCAAGGAUGCCCUGCAGAUCGAGUUUCAAACCCUCCUUGCCCGCCAUGGGCGACCAGUUCCUGCAGUCGUUAUCAUUGACUGUGUUGGUGUAGAUGAUGAUACCACAGCCACUGAGGCAGAGGUUCAGAUGGAGCACCUGCCAGAGAAGGUGAUCGAGGACCUCUCUGACAUCAGUCGAUGGCUCAUCACCAAUGGCAACAGCACCGACUUCCUUAAGGACUAUAUACAGGCCAGAUCAGGAAUGCUUGUGAAAUCGUUGUCAGGCCUACGUGACCAUCUGAAGACCUCAAGUGGCACCAGUGUUACCAUGAAAGCUCCACAUUCACCAGCCCUGGCUCAUUGGUUCAGUCGCAAACAUAAGCCGUCUGGUGUUGAGCCUUAUACACAUUUACAAACACAGAGCUCCAAGUUUUCCAAACAGAAGGACACUCCUGGGCGGAAGAGCAUCAAGGGACUUGGAAUAAAAUCAUACACAAAGAAAGCAUCAACAGUACUGCUCAAGUCACCGUUUGAUCCAGGUUAUUUUAAGACCUGGCCUGGCUGUUGUGGUGCCUCUUCCAUACACAUUGGUCAUCGCAGGACUGGUUCAACCUCAGAUGCUUUGAAAGAGGACAGCUGUGAGGUGGACAUUGACGUGUACAUCACAGAGUUAUCUGCCCUUCUUAAACUCAUGCAGAGCGAGUUGCAGUUACUGACACAAAUUAUACCUGAAAAAUACCAGAGGACUGUGUACGACAACAUUGUUCAGCCAGGACUUGAAGUCGUUGUUACAGCCGGAGAGACUUUGGCAUCCUUCACUAGGAAGAACAUUGGAAAGCGGGAGUUUAACGCAGUCCUGUCCAUAUUUCCAGUUGUGAAACAUCUUCGCUCCAUUAAACCAGAUUUUGAUCGAAAUCUGGAGGGUUGUCAAGCACCCACAAGGGCCAAACUUGCCUCAUUGUUGUCAACUUUGGGAAGCACAGGAGCCAAAGGCCUUGAGGAGUUCAUAGACAACAUACGGCAUGACCCUGACAAGUCCUCUAACAUGCCUCGAGAUGGCACGGUGCAUGAGCUCACUAACCAGACCAUGGUGUUUAUGGAACAGCUACAAGACUACAUUGAGACGGCGGGGGCCAUGUUGCUCAUGCAUGAUGUGGGUGGAAGGAAACUCAGCCGUGGUGAAUUAGCUGCCUCCAGUGAGGCCGUGGAUGAUCGCAAAAGCCGCCUGAAACUUGCAGACUACUGUUCAAAGGUCCUGUCAGCGCUUGGCCUCAACCUGAGCAACAAGUCUGAGACGUACAGUGACGCAUUCAUUAAACCUAUCUUCAUGUUGAACAACUUCAACUAUAUCCUCAAGUCAUUGAAGAGGUCGGGACUGAUUGAGUUGGUUCACCUCUGGAACAAGGACGUAGAAAUGCUCUAUAAGGACCAGAUUAUGGAACAAAAGAAGUCGUAUUCCCAAAGCUGGAGUCGGGUGAUGCACUACAUCAUGGAGAUCAAUGAGCCCAUGUCCUCCCAGCGAAUGAUGAACCCUGAGGCAAAGUUAAAAGAAAAGGAGAAACAAAAUAUAAAGGACAAAUUUACGGGUUUCAACAAAGAACUGGAGGAAAUAGUUAGAACCCAGAAGACAUAUGCCAUACCGGAUGUUGAACUUAGGGCUGCCAUGAAGAAAGACAAUGUAGAGUAUAUUAUCCCUCUGUACAGGAUCUUCCUAGAAAAGUAUCGCAAAAUGAACUUUACAAAAAACCUGGACAAGUAUGUGAAAUACAGUGUUGAGGAUGUGCAAGGUAUCAUAGAGAAGAAACUAUUUGAUACAUCUGCCUGAAGUUAUUCUUCAGCUAUGUUUUUUAAUGGAUUAAAACAGCUUCUUCCCCUGAAUUUCUUCUGAAAUUGAAUCUUUUCGACAAAUCAUAAAUAUGAGGUUUUGCAUUUCAUCCCUUCUAGAACAAAUUAAAACUUUAAAUUCAAAUUGAUUGAUUUUGAACUUUGUUUUCCAGAAUGCAAGUAAUUGUUGUAGUCCUCAUAAAAAUACAUUUUAUUGACAAGAUUUACUUGAAUUUCACGUUUCUGUUGUGUAUGUUUAAUUGUGCAAUGUAUACUUGAAACAUAUUAAAAUAAAUAAUUAUCAUAUUAA